AUGUCAUCUGAAAGGUUACAGUCUAUGAAUUAUGGAAUGGAUGCCGAUGGUUGGAGUUUAGGUAUCAUGCUUUUAAAAUAUUUUAAGUGGAAAGCAUCCCUUUAAAUAUUGCAAAAAAAUAAAUUAGAAAAAGUAUUACUCGUAGAUUUAAUAACUAAAACAAAUCCCGGAGUUUGAUGGUAAAUAAUAUCUUUAAGAAUAUAAUUGGUUACCUGAAGCCAAGGAGAUUAUUUAGAAUGUUUACAGUUGCUCUUAAAUAAAGACAAAAUGUAAAGGAAUUAUUGUUAAGUAAGCUAUUGUAAAUGGCUAAAAAUAUUAAUGAGUAAAUAAUUCAUUAAUGA